GACCAAUCAGAAAAAGGGGGCGGGACGGAUCGCGCCUGAAAAUAUAACAGUGUGAGCAGCGUGUGGUGAAGGACAAGCUGGAGAGGAGCAGAGUGGAGCUCGACAUCCAUCUGAAAACCGCUCGCCGUCCCUCCUUUACCAUGUUGGUGCUCGGACUGGUGCCACUGCUGUUGCUAUGUGGAUGCGGUUGCCGGGCGGUGGACGUUCCUGAGGAUGUGACGGCAGAGUUCUCGGUCAGGCUGUACCACCAGCUGCAGACGGCUGGUGGAGAGGAAAACAUCAUUUUCUCCCCGCUCAGUGUGGCCCUGGCACUGGGUAUGGUGGAGCUGGGGGCCAGGGGGUCUUCCCUGCAGGAGAUCCGCCAGGCUGUGGGAUACAGCAACUUUAGAGAAGAUGAGGAGUUCUCUGUACUGAGGAACCUGACCCUGGCUCUAUCUGGAGAUGAAGCUCAGUACGUGGUGCGUCUGGCUAACUCCCUGUUCCUGCAGUCGGGGGUCCACUUUAAUGCAGACUUCCUGCGCCUUAUGAAACAGUAUUUCCACGCUCAGGUAGAGACGGUGGACUUCAGCGAGUCAGCAGCUGUAGCUCAACACAUCAACACCUGGGUCCAGAACCACACAGAGAGUAAGAUCCAUGACCUGGUGUCAGCAGAUGACUUCAGCAGUGUGACUAGGAUUACUCUGGUGAAUGCCAUGUACUUCAGAGGCAGCUGGAAGAACCAGUUUCGACCAGAAAACACCAGAACCUUCUCCUUUAGCAAGGACGAUGGCAGCGAGGUGCAGACGCUGAUGAUGUACCAGCAGGGGGACUUCUAUUAUGGUGAGUUCAGUGAUGGUUCGGCUGAGGCUGGAGGUGUGUACCAGGUGUUGGAGAUGCCGUAUGAAGGAGAGGAUGUCAGCAUGAUGAUCGUUCUGCCCAGGCAGGAGGUUCCUCUGGCCACACUGGAGCCCAUUAUCCGGCCACAGCUGCUGGACGACUGGGCUAACAAUGUGAAGAAGCAGAAGGUGGAGGUCUACCUGCCCAGGUUUAAAGUAGAGCAGAAGAUUGACCUGAGGGACACGCUGCAGCAGCUGGGCAUCAAGAACAUCUUCACUAAAGACGCAGACCUGUCAGCCAUGACCGCGGAGAGGGAAGAUGGAAGUGAUCUGUUUAUCGGUAAAGCUGUGCAGAAGUCGUAUCUGGAGGUGACGGAGGAGGGAGCCGAGGGAGCUGCAGGAUCAGGGAUGAUUGCGUUGACCAGGACGUUGGUGCUGUACCCUCAGGUCAUGGCGGAUCAUCCAUUCUUCUUUGUCAUCAGAAACAGAAGGACAGGCUCUCUUCUUUUCAUGGGCAGAGUGAUGAACCCUGAUGUCGUCGACCCUUUUGAUCAAGACUUUAACUCUGUGUAGCGCACAGAAAUCCAGUAUCAGUCCAAUUCCCAAUCCAGCUCACACUCACUCCUGAAACACAAGGCCCAAAGAGUGCAAUCUCACAGCAAACGCCAUUCAUUCUAAUACAUGGUUUUCUGUGAGGAGAGCCAUGUGAACACUGAAUAUAUGAAAUGUACACUUAAUAUCUCCUCUGAACGUACUGGAACAGCGAGGCUAAUUCUUUUGGUUUGAGGUUUAAGAUAGAGAAUGUAAUUGAAUGUACUUAGAUUUAGUUUAACACAUCUAGUAGAACAUAUCAGGUAGUAAGUGCUGAAUUUUUUUUAAUUUUGGCCUGGUCUUGCUGUUCCAAUAUAUUCAGGGGAGACUAUACACUGAUUAGGCAUAACAUUAUGACCAGAUUCUGGUUUCUGCACCCAUUAUCCGUUUUGUCAGCUCUUUUGUCAGCUUCUUUAUAGUUAUAUAAUUAUAUAAUUACAGACUGUAGUUCUGUGUCUGUUUCUGUGUAUACUCUAUUAUUAUCCUCCUCUUUUCACCCUGUUCUUCAAUACUCAGAACCCAACAGGAGAGAAAACCACCACAUAGCAGCUAUUAUUAUUAUUUGGAUGGUUUUUAGAACUAGUUAGUUAUUAGUGUGUGUUGUGCACCAACAGCAUCCUGUGGGCAGCAUCCUCCUGUCUCUGACUUUACUGUGAGUGAUUAAACACAGUGUUUAAAAACUCCAGCAGCACUGCUGUGAUGAUAAAGUGUGCAGACACCAGGAGGUGGUCAUAAUUUCAUGCUUGAUCAUUGUAUAUAUACAGCUCUGGGGAAAAAAUAAGAGACCACUUAAAAAUGAUGAGAUUAUAAUCCUCUGGAAUAUAAUCAAGAGGAAGACAGAUGAUCACAAGCCGUCAAACCAA